GUAGACGCUAAGGAGAUAUCGAGCUCGAGCUAAGUGCCGGACGAUAUGCCCCGAGAGUAUAGUUAGUCAUCAGUUCGGUACCGAACGGCUGCUCACCUGCUGUGUAUGAUUUAGUGCGCGAUUUUACCUCGCACUGAACACUCCUCGGACAUGGACAGGACGCAGAGGAAGAGGAAGUCGGGGAAGAAGAAAGUGCUGCUCUCCAUAGUCGAUCCGUGGGACGUCAAAGUCGCCAGUGUCGACCCGAUCGGUUUGGCGACUCGUCGCGGCGUCUCCAUCGACAACCUCGAGAUCGGUACCACCAGCACCAGCCCGUCCCCGCCUCUCAUAUCCGUCUCUCCGCCGACGCCCAGGACGCCCUGGCCCUGGUACAAACCCGCCGUCAGCCCGACCUCACCGGCUUCGUUCAGAGCCAGCAGCGCGUCUCCGGCGGAUGAUAGCAGGCCGGAGCAACUCGCUCCUGCGGAUGUUCCAAUUAAGCCCUCUCGGCCCAAAGACGGGGAGCAGCAGCAGCAGCAGCAGCAGCGAGUGAGCCGAAGAAACGACGUUGAAAAGAGCAUCAGUCCGGGAGAGGAUGUCGUCGAUACUGCCGCUGUCUUUUUCGCCGAAGACGAGAAGAGCCGCAACGAGAAGUCGCUCGUCGAGGAUUUAGUCAGGUCGAGAUACAAUUACAAUCCGGGACCGGUGAUCCAGCGCAAGCUCCGCAAGCCGAUAAGCAUCAAUCAUACAGGUUGGAUUUAUAACCCAAGAUCAAUAAAGCAGCCGAGGUAGCGAGCGAUGAUUUUCCGAUAAAUGCUUCGGUAAACGCAGCGGCAAAGAAGGACAGCAUCGAAAAGUCGUCUCGAGAAAAUCGUCCAGUCGGCAGAAAUCGCAGACUCAGUUUAUCUAUGCCAACCAAGCUCGAUGACAUGGACGAGCUUCGAAUCGGCAACGAGAAGGGCGUCUCGUCCAAGUACUCGCGACGCGAGAGCGACAGCAGUGCGACCUUCAGCAACAGCGGCUCGACUCUGAACGGCAGCACUUUGGGCUCGGAGACCGAAGAUGAGGAGAACGACGAGGAGUCAUCCAAGAUACCGCUACAGUCGUCGCAGCGACAGGCGGGAAGCAACGUUCCAUCGCCGACGAUCUCGAGGAAGCUCACCAACGACCACAUGGAUUACCCGAACGCGCAGAGCACCAACUCGACCAUCACCAGUGUCAACAGCAUCAGCAGUUUGCUCAAGGAGAAACUCCAGUGGACUAUACCCGCCGCGCUGAGGAGCAGCAAGAAACGACAGAAUGCUGAUUACAGGCUACGAGGCUUCGUCGGCUUUCUCUUUCUCUGCGUCGUAUUCCUCGUCGGAUUCGCCCACGUCUACUACACGCAGCAUGUUCUGCAGCGAGCCUACUUCGACAAAUUUAGGUUCAACAAGAACGAGAGGGUCAUGCACGUCUACAACAACAUGGGCGUGGAGAUAAUAGCGGCGCGCCUCGGAGUCGGCAUUCCUCCGGACACAGGUGUCUUCAAUUGCCUGCCGCAGCAUCAGCGUCAGGACAAGGUUUGCCUGGAAUGGUUACAGCAUUCGCGACUCUAUCUGGGCCACACGAAACGCGACAACAUGAACUGCUACCACGUGACCUGGCAAGCCUUGAGUCCCGGGGUCAACCCGCAGGACUGCUUCGAUUGGUCGGCCAAAAGGGGUCACUGGUACGGUGCGGGUCAGAUCCAGAACAUGGCGUAUCCUCUGGAGCAGGGAAGACUAGAGCCCAGUCCUUUCAUCACCGGAGAUAUCAGGAAGCAUCCGUUCGGGAACGUUCUGAAGCGGUACUUUCUGAAUUCGAAGGGGGCGACGAUCACCGUUGACCCAGAGACGCCGCUCUACGUGUCCAUCAACUUCAAUGUGACCCAGAAAAAGGAGCUGUGCCUGAUGGCCAAGCACGACGCGUUUGCCUUCAUCAACCACCUUACGCCGUAUCCCCAAUUGAACUACUCGAUCUGCUCGACGGACAACAUGAAGAACCUGCACUCGUCGAUGGCCGAGAAGUUUCUCUGGGACGGUUUGAAGCCAGACGAACUCCAGGCUGUUCACUCGCUGUUGACCGAACCGGUCUGGCAGAUAUCGCCGACCAACGAAGCUGACAUCUACAACUACACAGAGGAUGUCAUAGCCCUGGGUUUCCUUCGACAGGGACACGUACUGCUGAGCGAGGAAUGGCAGCCGAGUUCGGGUGACUUCGUGCUGGACGAGACACGCUUCAAGUCGAUGAAAGACACUAUCGACGUGAUCCAUCGACGUGGCUUCCGCAUCGUCUUCACCGUCCAGCCGUUCAUCUCCACCGAGUCCGAGAACUUCAAGGACGCCGUCAGCAAUAGGCUCCUCAUCUCCGAACGCGGUAGCGACCCCAGGAUACCAGCCCUCACGAGGUAUCACAAGGUCAACAGCGCUGGAGUACUGGACAUUACCAACAACAAGACUCUACCUUGGAUCCAGAGCAAGCUGGAAGAUCUGAAGGAGAAGUACCAAGUAGACUCGUUCUACCUGGACCUGGGAACUGCUCAGGAUAUGCCGCACUACUACAAGUGCGAACAACCUCUGACCAACCCGGACCACUACAAGAGCCUGUUUGUGAACUCGAUCCUGGGUUCGGUACCGGUCAUCGGAGUGUCCAGUGCUAUUGCCCGGCCCAGGGCUCCAGUGUUCGUGUCGUUACCGCCGUUCCCUUCGUCAUGGAAGGCCAUCAAAACUGUGAUCCCAACGGUGCUGAGUUACGGGAUCAUUGGGUAUCCGUUCAUCAUGCCUGGUGCUGUGGGUGGUGAUGUCGCUCUGCCGAUGUCCGACAACAAUCCGGACAACGACUACGAGGUUACUCUGCCGGAGAAGGAGCUUUACAUUAGAUGGCUGCAGCUCUCGACAUUCCUCCCGGUGAUUCGCUUCACCCACCUCCCGAGCAAGUACUCCGACGACCAGGUCCUAGAGAUCGCCAAGAGUCUCACGACCCUACGACAGAAAACCGUGACUCCCCUACUGAAGAAAUACGCGAACGUCACCCUGGACACAGGCUUGCCAAUCAUCAGGCCUCUAUGGAUGUUGGACCCCAUGGAUCAGGCCUGCCAUCUGGUGGUCGACGAGUUUUCGGUGGGCGACGAGCUGAUCGUCGCACCCAUACUCCACUCCGGAAGUCGACAACGCGAGGUGUACCUUCCAGCGGGUGUCUGGAAGGACGGCAUCGACAAGAGCCUGAGGAAGGGCUCGAGGUGGAUCCACAACUACAGGGUCGCCGAGGACAAGGUCGCUUACUUCGUCAAGAUGCCCGACGACAUGAGAUUCUGAAAAGUGUGUGAUGCGCUUCGACGAUUGAAAAGACUGUUUUUCUGUAAUAGUGGCUGUAAUAUGAGAACUUUUAUCAUUUAUAGCGCGAGAUGUGCUCGUCGAGAUGCGGUUAUGGUAUGCCGCACGCAAAGUUUAUUCAUUUUCCAUGAGAAUAUUUACUUUAAAUCGAGUGUGUUUUAUCGAUAUAAUAUACGUUACUCAGUAUUUCUACUUCAAUACGAAUAUACAUAAUACAUGCGUUUUAUUACUAUUAUCUUUAUCUUCGUGCUUUACUCAUUGUUCCUUGAACUGCUCGCACUGAUGACUACAACGAACGAUAUAUAGAUAGUUUGUAGUGCUGAAUGUUGCAAUGUAGAGAUUAUAAAGAAAUUUUGUUUAAACAAGUUGUACCGAGAUGUGCUGUGUGAUUAUUAUUAUGAACCAAUGCAGCUAUUACGAGUUGUUAGUUAUAGUCCACAUGUUAUAUCUUUGUGACGUGGCAAAAUCCGCAAGCAAAUUUUCCCUUUCGUUAUACGGCCCCUUAUCCGCGUCACUAUAAUUUAUAAUCCUCCGGAUCCCGGCCUGAAUCUCAGAGGGGGGACCGCUAGAUCAACCCGAACCGGGAUAUUCGGGAAUGUCGGAAAAUGAGUAGAUUCAGAUACAGUUAACUCUCUUUCCUUAUUUCGGUCGUCAGUUACAAUUAAUUUCACCGCGCUCAGUCUCUAUCUUCCACACUCAACUAUUCCAUCUCUCUCUCUCACACACACACACACACGGACAAGAUUUCGUUGCUCUGUCGCAGCAGAGCUACACUUUGCGCCCGCGACACUCUUUCCCGGAAUCCUCUCUGUCUCCUCGUUGAUGUUCCUUUCUUCUCCACUCGCACAAAAACAAAAGAAGGUCGCGAUUAAUAAUUGCAAAAUGCAAUUAUUAUUUGUACGGAAAAAGAGCGGCCUCGCGUCGGACAUCGUACCGUCGCAUCUUACACGCAUAAUACAUGUACAUUUUAAACUUAAACAUUUUAA